AUGUUGGACAUUGAAGAUUUCAUCGAGGAGCGCGGGGGAAACCCCGAGAAGAUCAGAGAGAGCCAGCGUCGCCGAAACGAGUCUGUUGAGCUGGUCGACGAGGUUAUUGCCCUGUGGCAGGAUGCCCGAAAAGCUCAGUACGAGGUGACGCAAAUCGGCACGCAAAUCAACGGUGUCCAGAAGGAGAUUGGGCUCAAGAAGCGGGCCAAGGAGGAUGCGACCGAGCUACUCCAGCAGAAGGAGGAGUUGACCCAGAAGAAGAAGGCCCAGGAGGAGGCUGCCGCCUCCAAGAACGCCGAGCUGAGGGCCAAGGCCCGCACCGUCGGAAACUACGUGCACGAUUCCGUCCAUGUCAGCGAGAGCGAGGACAACAACCAAAUCGUCAAGACCUGGAAGCCCGAGGGCUUUGAGGAGACCAAGAAGGCGGCCCUUUCUCACCACGAGGUGCUCUGGAGACUUGGCGGAUACGACCCCAUUCGCGGCGUCAAGCUUGUCGGCCACCGAGGUUACUGCCUCACCGGCUACGGCAUGUUCUUGAACAUGGCCCUUGUCAACUACGCCACCGAGCACCUGUUCAACAAGGGUUUCACUCCUAACCAGCCCCCUUUCAUGCUCGACCGCGAACAGAUGGCCAAGACGGCCCAGCUGUCCCAGUUUGACGAAGAGCUCUACCGUGUCUCGGAAGGCAGCGAGAAUUCCGACGCCGACCGAUACCUGAUUGCCACCAGCGAACAGCCCCUCUCAUGUCUCCACGCCGACGAGUGGCUCCUGCCCAACCAGCUCCCGAUCAAAUACUGCGGUUACAGCACCUGUUUCCGAAAGGAGGCCGGCAGCCACGGCCGUGAUGCUUGGGGUGUCUUCCGUGUGCAUCAGUUCGAGAAGGUGGAGCAGUUUGUGCUCUGCAACCCCGACAACAGCUGGGACCACUUCGACGAGAUGAUGACCAACUCAGAGGAGUUUUACCAGUCUCUGAAGCUCCCCUACCAGGUUGUUGGUAUUGUCUCUGGAGCGCUGAACAAUGCGGCUGCCAAGAAGUACGAUCUUGAGGCCUGGUUCCCGUUCCAGUCUGAGUACAAGGAGCUCGUCUCAUGCUCAAACUGCACGGACUACCAGACCCGAGAGCUGGAGAUCCGCCACGGCUCAAAGAAGGGCAAGACCGUUGUUGGAGGUGGACGGAAGGAGUAUGUGCAUGCUCUGAACGCGACCCUUUGCGCGACCGAGCGAACCCUAUGCUGUGUCUUGGAGAACUACCAGACGGAGGAAGGCUUGGUGGUACCCGAGGUGCUCCGAAAGUACAUUCCUGGCCAGCCCGAAUUCCUGCCUUUCACCAGGGAAAUGCCCGAGAAGUCUGAGCGAACCGAGAAGAAGGACACUACCAAGAAGGAGAAGGCUCUGCCGGUGCGAGAGACCAAGGCUUAG